AUGCGUAGUGUCAUCGAGCACUUGAACAAGUCACCACAGGGGAAACAGCGAUUUAAUGAGCUCCAGGACGAGUUGAUGAACACAUCUUUAGCUGUCAUCAGCCAUGCCGCUCAUCGUUUCUUGAGCCUCACCAAAGUUAUUAAGCGCUGCUUGGAGCUUUCAGAUUCGAAAGACAAGUACUACGAUAAAAAGGCUAAAGCUCUCCAGCCCGAUGUCGUCUCUGAAGGAGGAGUUGAGGCAACUCUAUUCCCUCAUUGCCCCGGUGGGAGCGCUGAUGCAAGAAACUCAAGGUUGCAGCAAGCCCAGAGAACACCAUAUGCUGGAGGAGACUGUGCGGAAGACCAGGAGGCUGAUGAAGAAGGCCUUCAAAAGCGAUUCUUUGUCCGCUACAAUCCCGAGCUGUUUCCCGAGACUUCAACGAAGAAAGACAAAGCCAAAUAG